GCGCAGUGUGUCCCCGAAGAGGCGGCGGCGCUGGCGGUGGUGGCUUUGGGAGCUGCGCGCACUGAGGCGUUCGGAGGCCCAUCUUUGGCGAGGUUGGCCCAGGCUUCGGCUUAUGGCAGCGAGCGGCGUCCAUCGUAAGAUCAUUAACUGAAGACCAAAUAAGUAGCUAUGCAAAAUUCUCACAUGGAUGAGUACAGAAACUCUGAUAAUGGCAGCGCAGGCAACAGUUCAGAGGUAGUAGUAGUAGAGCAUCCAGAUUUUAGUACUGAGAUUAUGAACGUUACGGAGAUGGAACAAUCACCUGAUGGCUCUCCCAGCGUGAACGCAUCUACAGAAGAAAAUGAAAUGGCAGCUGCUGUGGACCUUCCAGUGACAGAAACAGAAGGAAACUUCCCUCCAGAAUUUGAAAAGUUUUGGAAAACAGUAGAAACUAAUCCUCAGGAUUUUACGGGCUGGGUAUAUUUGCUUCAGUACGUAGAACAGGAGAAUCACUUGAUGGCUGCCAGGAAAGCAUUUGACAAAUUUUUCAUACACUACCCGUAUUGCUAUGGUUACUGGAAAAAGUAUGCAGACCUUGAAAAGCGACACGACAACAUUAAACAAUCAGAUGAGGUUUAUCGACGGGGGCUUCAGGCAAUACCUCUUAGUGUUGAUCUUUGGAUACAUUAUAUAAACUUCUUAAAAGAAACACUGGACCCUGGUGAUCCUGAGACAAACAGUUCAAUAAGAGGAACUUUUGAGCAUGCUGUUCUAGCUGCAGGAACAGAUUUCCGAUCUGAUAAACUGUGGGAAAUGUAUAUAAACUGGGAAAAUGAACAGGGAAAUCUGAGAGAAGUUACAGCUGUAUACGACCGCAUUCUUGGUAUCCCAACGCAGUUGUACAGUCAUCAUUUUCAGAGAUUUAAAGAACAUGUACAGAAUAACUUGCCUAGAGAUCUUUUAACUGGUGAACAGUUCAUUCAGCUCAGAAGGGAAUUAGCUUCUGUAAAUGGACACAGUGGUGAUGAUGGACCUCCUGGUGAUGACCUUCCAUCAGGAAUUGAAGACAUCACUGAUCCAGCAAAGCUAAUUACUGAAAUAGAAAACAUGAGACAUAGAAUCAUUGAAAUUCAUCAAGAAAUGUUUAAUUACAACGAGCAUGAAGUUAGUAAGAGGUGGACAUUUGAAGAAGGUAUUAAAAGACCUUAUUUUCAUGUGAAACCAUUGGAAAAAGCCCAACUGAAAAACUGGAAAGAAUACUUAGACUUCGAAAUUGAAAAUGGGACUCAUGAAAGAGUUGUGGUUCUCUUUGAAAGAUGUGUCAUAUCUUGUGCCCUCUAUGAGGAGUUUUGGAUUAAGUAUGCCAAGUACAUGGAAAACCAUAGCAUUGAAGGAGUGAGGCACGUCUUCAGCAGAGCUUGUACUGUUCACCUUCCAAAGAAACCCAUGGCACAUAUGCUUUGGGCAGCUUUUGAGGAGCAGCAGGGGAACAUUAAUGAAGCCAGGACUAUCUUGAGGACAUUUGAAGAAUGUGUUCUAGGAUUGGCAAUGGUUCGAUUGAGAAGAGUAAGUUUAGAACGACGACAUGGAAAUAUGGAAGAAGCUGAACAUUUGCUUCAAGAUGCUAUAAAGACUGCCAAAUCAAAUAAUGAGUCAUCAUUUUACGCUAUUAAACUAGCCCGACAUCUUUUCAAAAUACAAAAAAAUCUUCCAAAAUCAAGAAAGGUACUUUUGGAAGCAAUCGAAAGAGAUAAGGAGAACACAAAGUUAUACCUCAAUUUACUUGAAAUGGAAUACAGUUGUGACCUCAAACAAAAUGAAGAAAAUAUCCUCAAUUGCUUUGACAAGGCCAUACAUGGUUCAUUGCCUAUUAAAAUGAGGAUUACAUUUUCCCAAAGAAAAGUGGAAUUCCUUGAAGAUUUUGGUUCAGAUGUUAAUAAGCUUCUGAAUGCAUAUGAUGAACAUCAAACACUCCUAAAAGAGCAGGACACCUUAAAAAGGAAAGCUGAAAAUGGUUCUGAAGAACCAGAAGAAAAGAAAGCACACACGGAAGAUAUGUCAUCUGCACAGAUCAUUGAUGGGGAUUUACAGGCAAAUCAAGCUGCAUAUAAUUACAGUGCCUGGUAUCAGUACAAUUAUCAGAAUCCUUGGAAUUAUGGACAGUAUUAUCCUCCACCUCCAACAUGAUGGAAAAAACAUAAAUUUCAGAUUGGGUUAUAUGAAAAAUGCGGAAUUAUUUUUUUUGAAGGAUGUAAACAUAGCAUAAGCUUGUUGUAUUUGAUAAUUUGUCUUCCCAGUUUCUGUGUAACAUUUGUUUAGUUAAUAGUAGAAAAUGUCAAUUAGUAGUGUACCAUAAAAACUUUCCUACCACUUUUAAAAUUUACUUUUUAUUGGAGAACUAUUUUUUUUAUUUUUAUUUUAUCUUAUUUUCAUUAAGUGGUCUAGAAUUCUUUUGCAGCUCAUGCAAGAGAUUUGUAGCCUUAAGUGUAGAGAAAAAGACUGACUACAAAUCAUGUCAGUUACAAAAUUCUGGGAAAAAAAAAAUAAGGGCUGGUUAUUGAGAAUUUUAUCCCCUUAAAAGAGACUUAAAAGAUUUAAAAGAGUUAAGGUUGUCUAUGUUUCAGUUACACUUGGAAAUUUGGCUCUAACUGUAAGAAAGAUGCACUAUUAACAUGCUCUGCCUUGGAAUAGAUUAUAAAUGAGAGUGUAACGUCAGCAUCCCCUUAAGGAAUGAAGUAUCAAAGUAUGUUUUGGGAGACUUUGUAUCUAGAAUAUUCAUGUAAAACUUGGGAGCAAGCUUUCAUUUUGAUCAUACUUAUCGUCCUUUUUGUAAUAAAAGUGAAGACUCAUGCA